UGACUUUAUCCUUUUUGUUUCAAUACUUCCUCGCAAGCACCCAUCUCCAUCCGUUUUCGUAUAGUUAAUUGCUUGUAAACUGGUGAGUACGUUCAUUUUGGUUUCGUAUCAUGAUGUGUAUCCUUGUAAUUUGCGUUCGAUAUUCACUGGCCUUACUCCAAAAGGUGUGCUCGCCGGCGUGCCCUGAGGCCAGUGGAAUGAGACAUCUACAAUAUUUCUGACUUGCUCGUGCCUUGCUCUGCGUACAGUUGCUUAUCAUUAUCUGACUUUUAGGCAAACUGGUACGAGUUACAUAGUGUUGGGUGGAUUGUGUGAGGUGUUUUUAUAAUUUUUUGUGCAUGUAGUAACUUGAAAUACACCCAAUACCCCUUUGCUAUCUUCUCAAUCAUGACUGAGAAUGCGCUACCCGGCGCAUCGCUAUUGCAGGAUCAGACGACCACUAUUAGUGCUGCAGAUGAGAUACCGCAGUUCAAAGUAUAUAGACCGACUACUGCACUUCAAGCAACCCGUAUGUUUCAUAUCAAUGUUAUAUCAGCUAUAUUGAAACGUCUCGCUUGCCAAGAUGACCUUCCUGACUCGUAUUUCACACCAACUGCUGCUGAUUUGAAAGCAGCUCAAGCGACGUUGUCUGGACGUACACAAUCGUUGGUUAAUGCACCUCUGCAGAUUCGGUCUGUCCGUGAAGCAACAGAGAAGGCGAAAAGAGACAAAUGGCCCAACACUACCAUCCGUAUCAGAUUCACUGAUCGAACGCAACUCGAGAAGGUAUUUCUUUCGACCGAGAAAAUACGAUCUGUUUAUGCUUUCGUACGGUCGUCACUUCGAGACAAUGUAAAACCUAUCAAAUUCGUUCUAUAUCAAACUCCACCUAAACAGGACUUCAAGGUCUCUGACCCCAAAGUUCGCGACCUGACGCUUGCCGAACUUCAUCUAGCACCAUCUUCUGUCCUUCUAUUGCGGUUCGAAGAUGAGUCUCUCAAUCGUUCUGACUUUCCUGCGCCACUGUCACCGUCCAUAGUAGCUCAGGCUAUGGAUCUGCCGCCGCCUCCAAGCUUCGACCAUCCUGACCAAUCUCAACCACCAUCGGCUCCAUCAACCCCACCUGCUUCAAAGCUGGAGAAAAAGAUCCCCAAGUGGCUCAAGGCUGGUUUG